CGCAUCUGCCGUGACGUCGGGGCGUGCAAGAUGGCGGCGCUGGUGCGGGUUCAGUGAGGGGAGGGCAGUGGGGCUUUGAUCGCGUUGCAGCGGCCUGGCGCCGGCCCUGGCCUCCGGCCCUGGCCUUGGCCUUGGCCUGGCGCGGCAGGCCCUGUCCGCGCAGACAUGACAGAACCGCGGAGGGUGGCCUUCAACACCGUGCCCGCGCCUCAAGCCGCAGCUGUGCCCGUGCCUCCGGUCACCACCGCCAAGAAGAAGCGGCGAGAGGAGCGGAAUGGCUCAGCUCCGGCUAACGUGCGCUUCGGCCUCCGGCUGAGUGAGCCGAGUGACCGGAGCCACACUGAGUACAACUACAACGAGCUACUGCGAGAAGCCAAGAGAAACUUUGCCAAUCCUGACGAUCCCUUCAAUGAUGAAGAGAAGGAGAGGAAGGAAGUGGAAGCUUUAGCGAAGAAACUUGAGGAAAAAUAUGGUCAAAAGAAUCACAAACGCCGGAAAGAUCGCAUGCAGGAUCUUAUUGACAUGGGGUACGGUUACGAUGACACAGAUCCGUUCAUUGACAACUCUGAAGCGUAUGAUGAAUUGGUUCCGGCCUCCCUGACGACAAAGUACGGAGGAUUCUAUAUAAACACGGGGACAUUGCAGUUCCGGCAAACCUCUGACACUGAGGAUGAAGAUGUGGCCGGAAAGAAAAGAUUGAAAUCACCUAAAUUUUUCUUUCAGAAACAAAAAUUAAAAGAUGGAGAAGACAGAGUGGCGAAAAAGCAAAGAAGAAAGGAUGAAGGUGGGAUGAAAGAGAAGAAAUCAAGGAAGCUAAAGGUUUCAAAGGAGUCUGGAGUGGUGGCCCUCAACGCUGACAAACAUAAAAAGAAGCGGAAAAGUCAUAGUGAUGCCCUGUCGUUGGCUGAAAUGCUCAAAAAGUUCCAGAAGGAGAAAGAAGCCAUGAAAAAGCAGGAAAUGUCCAUGAAGCCUAUACCUGCCCUCCAAGUCCCUGAGCAGGCAAUAAAGAAUGCUGCUGGUUCCGACAUCAGUGUGACUGCCUCUGACCAAGUCUUUGCAAUUCUGGGGAACUCGAACGAGAAUGACUUGCUUCAGGAAGCUGCCAAUGCCAUGGAGUUGCUUGGUGACCUGGACAUAGAUAAGCUGCUAGCAGAAACGCCAAGCGGAAGCCCAGCCUCUGAAACCGAGGAAAACAGCAACACUGCAAUGUCCUCGGGCUUCACUUUAGCGGCCCAAAGCCAAAAGCAGUUGGUUGAGUUGCCAGUGGGGUUACCUGUCCUGCUCGAAAAACAGAUCAAAGAUCUUAAGACACUAUGUGCUGUACAUUUGAACAAUGAAACUCAUGCUGGGAAGGGCUCUGAAGGAGAAGGAAAGAAGAAAUUCUUCACGCCAGAUAUUAACACUAUCCUACUGGAUAUUGAGCUACAAUUACAGGAGUUGAAUGUGACAGUGCGCUCGGCAGUAUACAGCUAUUUGGCCUCUUUCUUGCCCUGCAGCAAGGACACCCUGAUGAAACGUCUGAAGAAAUUACACCUCAAUGACCAGGAUGAGCGGUUACGGGAUCCGACACAGAAGCUGAAGGAAGCAGUGGCAAGUGUAAUGCCAGCACAACUGGUAAAAUAUCAGGAAGAACUCCAAGCACAUACACAAGCCCGGUUUGCCAAAAUGGCGUCUGAAGAGGACCGAGACAAAAAUGGUUCUGAAGAGGACGACGAUGAUAAACCAGGCCGAAGAGUCAUGGGACCGCGGAAGAAAUUUCUUUGGAAUGAUUAUGUCAGGGACCUGCUAUGUAACCUGGUGAAGAUAAAACUGGGAUGUUAUGAACUGGAACAAAACAAGUCACAGUCAGCAGAGGAUUAUCUGAAAGCCUUUAUGGAGACUGAGGUGAAACCUAUUUGGCCCAAAGGCUGGAUGCAGGCACGGAUGCUGCUUAAAGAGAGCAAGAGAGUGCACAAUCACCUGACUGCCACUCCGGCCAAGAAGAAGGUGAUAUUUGCCCCAAAACCUAAAGUAAAGGAUUCAAGUCCCAAGAAAGAGCAGAGACUCUCUACCCCAGCCAGUACUGUCCCGAAAGUGGUGCCAACGAGCAAAAUUAUGCCUGUCAGUAUCUCAAGCUCCAGCUGUAAUCCAAGCCGAGAGACUAUUUACCUGGAUGAUUCUCUUGAUGAAGAUCUGUCCCUUAAGCCCCCUUCCCUGGAAUCAGUCUCUGAUGCAUUGUCUGUCUUCAACAAUUCAACCAAGAUCAGCAGGACUGUAAACAAUUCUGUCUCGCCUGCACCUCGACCUCAGCCUGUGGCGAAGGAAGAUAAAAAGGUCAUAGCCAAGGUCACACCACUAGUACUUUCCCCAAAAGCAGCCUCCUGUUCCCCAAGAGUAGCCACACCAUCACCGAAAGUAGGCACGGCAUCUCUGAAAGCAGGCACCCCAUCUCCAAAAGCAGUCACUCAGUCUCCAAAAGCAUCUGCCCUCUCUCCAAAGUCAGGCACGUCAUCUCCAAAAGUAUCCACACUUUCCCCUGUCCCUUUGACUUUCAGUCAUUUAUUUGGCCAUAGCUCAGGCACCAAGAAAUCCCAGGAAGGUUCUCGACCAGGAAUGACCAGUUUGAUCGCCGGCUACACCGCACCGUCGUCCCAAACACCCAAACCUCCUUCAGUGACUUCCACAGCCAAGCAGCACCAGCCAGGAUUGCAGAGACUGAGCCAGUCACAGACCCAAUCCACCAAACAAUCCCAGUCCAGCAUGCACCACAACAGCCUAAUGUCACAUCCCCAAGUUACCACUUGCAAAACGCUCCAAAAUCCAGUAGUAAAGUUGAAUGCAUGUCCACAGCAUCUGCUCGCAAGUCACGUGUCACAGUUGUCAGAUACGUCAACUGCCUACCCAACGUCCUUUUCCCCGUCAGUAACUAGCAAUGCCCAGGCGGUGUCUAGGACCAGCAUCAGCCCGUCUACCUCUAGUGAUUACACGCCUAAAUCUGCAAUGCCUUCAAGCACCUCAGCCCAAGGUUUUAAACCUCCCUUCUCCAUGGCUAGCCCACCUAAACCCACAACCCCUUCAAACACCAUGAACCAGAAUGUGUCAAUAGGGUCAAGCAAUUUGACUGGGAGUCCAACAAGCCGGCAAAGCAGCAGCAAACACUCUGGCAGCCCGUCGAGCAGCAGACACUUGCCUUCCGGAUCAAUUGCUGGUCAGCAGCAAUCAACAUCCCUUGUUAAAAAAACCUCAGUGCCUCAGAAAAUGGCCAGCCCGCCGGGUGCCGGGACUCUUGGCAGAAGCACCACGGGUGGAGCUGUCAGCCGUGGCAGCUUGAGUGUGAGCGGGGCACCCGUCAGGAGCAGCGGAAGCGCUGGUAGGAGCAGUGUUGCUGGGGCAGCAGGAAUGAGCACCACAAACCGCAGCACCACAAGCGCCUCCGUCACUCGGUCUGGGGCUCUGAGCAGUGCAGCUGCUAACAGGAGCAGCCCAAGCGGAACUGUCAGUAGGACUAGUGUGAGUGGGGGACCCGGAAGUGGCCCUCAGGUUGCGAUAAAAAUGCUGCCCUCCCUACACCGACCCCCCUCUGGCUCAGGAACAUCAACUGGUAUCCAGGCAACGGCUGGAUCGACCUUAUUGGCAAACACGUCAUCUCUGACCCUAAUGACGUCACCCCUGAAUGUAACAAAUCUGAACGCAACCUCGGCAUCCCUGAACUCAGCUGCUGCGUUCAGCAUGUUGGGCGGUCUGGUUCCCGUCUCCCUGCCCUUCCAGCUCCCGCUCAACCUGAUCAACUUCGCUUCGGAAUCAGACAUCACCACCACCACGCCAACUGGAUCUACCUCAGCCCCGUUCCAGCACAACAUAACACAAAGUAUUUUGAAAGGUUUGCAGUCUGGUUCUACACAGCUUUCCCGAUCGAGUGUGCCAGCCCACUUACAACAGGCCUACGCAGACAGCAACCAAAGCCAGGGAGACUCUUCAAAGGUCCAACGGAAAUCGCAAUGACUUCUGAGGUUGCAGUAGACAGCAUCUCAUGGGAUAUGUCGAAUUUAAAUUUCCCAAUUGGUUCAGAGGCCUCCUCCAAUUAGGAGGUCUCUUGUUGGGUACCUGACUGAGGAUAUUUUCCUUUUGUUACGUUUAUAACACUUCUGACCCAGAGCACUGUGGAAAAGGGAAACAUUUACCGUGUUUGAUUUACAAAGCAGACCUAAUGGAAUCGGAGUUUGACGAGUCCACCUGUCUGUUAGCUCAUCCACUAUGACGAUUCAGCGUGCGGAGCUGUUCAAUGGAUUUUUGAAAAAAGGUUAAUUAGGAUUCCAAAGCAAGGGGUCAUUCAAAAAAGCACAUCUUUUUCCGCAUGAAUGUGUAGAGCAGCCAUGGGUCCCAUGGGAGCAGAGCCAAGUGCGGGGGGUGGGGGUUGGAGUCAGAGCAUUGAGGUAGAGGGGGUAGAAUAAUGGGAUGAAAUCUCAGGCCUGAGAAGAGCGGCUGUGGAGAGAAAGCCUGGGGACAGUGGGAAUGGUGUGCGGGGCCCAAGACUUUGCAAGAAGUGAGGCUGAAGAUCUGUUCAAGAGUUCAGGACAAGUGACUUUUUUUCUAAAUGUUCUAUUUAUCCAAUACCCAGUAGGCCUUAUGUACAGAAGAUGGUGAGACAUUGGAAUAAAGGAUAAGGGUGGGUGAGGGAGAGGGGAGGUGUGUUAAUCUAGUGGACAAAAUUCAAGGUGCUAAAAGGGCAAUAAAUCAGUCUGACAAGAUUUUCUACUCUCAGGCAGGUCAGUCUUUGCCUGGAAUAGCCUAAACACAAACUCAAUUGUUAUAACGUAAUGAGCAACAUUAUGGAUCAGGCAGCUUAUUGAUUGGUUGGGAAGAGGCGCAAACUACUUUGAAAGGAGUUUCGGUAGCCCAGAGUGAGCUUUUCUACCAGCCAGCUGGAUGACCUUUAGAAACUGCAGCAGCUCCUGCAGCAGUUCUGGUCAACCUCUGAUUACAGGAGGAUGACGUAGUGGCUGUCUGAAGAUUCAUGAUGCAUUCUGCAAUAUAUACUUGCUACAUUUGGCUUUACGCAUCUGCCAUCUUUCUCAGUGGUCGGUGCUUGUGCUACAUUGGUUAAGGCACUGCCAAGGUAGAGCUGGUUCAGCCGGUUCAUAAUUACUGCCACAUCGGGUGAUCCCAAGUGGGCAGUGUUGUUGAUAACUCAGUAUCCUACUCAAAGAAAACAUGUGAAAAUAAACUCUUGUUGCUAUCUUUAAGUUGAACCAGCAUGUAGACAUGAAGGACAAUGACAGCUUUGGACUUGGCAGUGAUACUCUCUGUGGCUGAAUAGUUUCCAAGCUCUACCCUUAACCACAUUUGAAUGAGGCUGAAUGCCACUGUAAGUGUUGGCACCUUCAGGGGGAUGGGAGGUGUAUGGGUGAAAGAGCCUCCAAGAUUCCCACCCCUUUAAACUCUUACCAGUUUGCAAAAUUAAAGAAUUAAUUGUAUUUGCUUUCUUUUUAAUUAAUGUUACUUCAAAUUGGAGUGAAAUAAGGCUGCCCCUAGAGUCUUUGUGUUGGAAACGCGGGCGUUGCUGAAUGUCACAUCACUGAAUUGGGGCUCUGAGGGCAGCUGGUGGGAUUUGGCAUAUUCCCAGUCACCUCCAGCACAGGGAGGGAGGUUGAGCGCUGUCCCUUAUCAUUGUCUGGCUAAAGGAGUUGGUGGGGCUGUUUAAACCAGAACUUCUGUCUCUCCAAGAGUGUUGAGAGAUUUCCCAAGGCCACCUGCUGAGUACGAGUGUGUGUUUAACAGUGAGAAAUAAUGGCAGGGUUACAGCAGCAGGGAGCAGUGAAUCCCACGAUACAGUUUGUAAUGGGGUAAUUGUUUUUUUGAAAAUUCUGUCUUCUGGAUAUUCUGGUGCUAGGAAUGAACAGCGGUUGCUUGGCCUGAGAAAGGGGAGAGGAAUACACAGCAGCCACUACAUACUGCAAACCAGGCAGCCGCUGGCGACUGUGCCUCACCGGGUUGAAUAGCUUGCCAGUGUUUUCUGUCGAUGAAAAGAGGCAUUGUUGUCUGCUGAAGUCAUGGGAGAUGGAACCUGCCAACCUGAAUGAGCGUCUGUCAGGGACAAGCAGAAAACGUUUUAAAAUACAUAAACAUGCAAACAUGAA